UCUAUUAUUUCCAACUUGCCGACUGGUACACGGGUGCUGUGGGCAUUUUCCUGUUUGGCAUAUUGGAGUGCAUCAUUUUCAUGUGGAUAUACGGCUCCAGGAGAUUCAGUGAUGACGUGGAGUUGAUGCUGGGCAGGAGAGUCCCUAUGUUCUUCAACAUGCUGCUGGGCUAUGUCACGCCUUUACUUCUUACCAUCGCCUUGUUCCUGGUUCUGUGGCAGUUCAAACCACCGACCUAUGGCGACUAUCAGUACCCCUGGGUGUGCAGGAUAGCAGGGUGGAUCUUAGCCUCCUUGCCUGUCAUUCCUGUACCUGUCAUUGCGGCUGUCACCGUGUACAAGGCCAAAGGGUCCUUCAUCGAGAGGCUGAAGGCAAGCUGUACACCAGACAGUUCCUGGAAGCCCUCGCUGAAUAAAUACAAGGAGCUGUAUAGAAAACAAAAUGGCGACAUGACUGGCGAUUGUUGAAUCCUCUCACUCCCUAGAUCAGAGCUCAUGUGCCAGGAAGGCAGCGCUUUUGUAGCCAGUGUCGGACAUGAUCUUAUAUAAACUGUAUGUUUUGUAUAUCGAAUUUUGUUUCGUCUUGAAGUUAGCAUUCAUACUGUUUGCUUGAUUGUUUGGUCCAUAUAGAUAAUAUUUUGAUAUUCUUAUGUUUAAAUACGAAGUGCAUGUCCUAAAUUAUAUAACUGCAUUAUGUUACAGUUUGCUAGCAGCAUCUAGCUCUUUUAAUUUUUUUGCAAAAUCAAAAAGCGACUAACUUCAAAUAUCUUCAAACAUUUGAUUGUUAACUACUGACUAGAUCUCUUAAAUCAUAACACCCUUGUCAAAAAUUUACUUUAUCAAUAUCAUACCAUUAAUGAUGCACAUGGUCUACAUGUUCCUAUAUUUUAGACC